CGGGCCGGGGCGGGGCGCGAAGCUCGCUGCCUGAGGGAGCGGAGAACGCGGUGCGGCCAUGGCGCUCCUGAGGGGUAUCUUCAUCGUGGCAGCCAAGAGAACCCCUUUUGGGACCUAUGGGGGUUUGCUGAAGGACUUCUCAGCCACUGACCUGGCAGAACAUGCUGCUCGAGCUGCCUUAGCUGCUGGCAAGGUCCCUCCUGAGAUCAUUGACAGCGUGGUGGUUGGCAGUGUCAUCCAGAGCUCCUCAGAUGCCAUUUAUAUUGCAAGACACGUGGGUUUACGUGUGGGAGUUCCUGUCCCAGUCCCAGCCCUCACCAUCAACAGACUUUGUGGCUCUGGUUUUCAGUCCAUUGCCAAUGGAUGUCAGGAAAUUUGCCUGAAUGAUGCAGAAGUUGUGCUGUGUGGGGGAGCUGAAAAUAUGAGCCAGGCUCCUUAUGCUGUUCGAAACAUUCGAUUUGGAACCAGAUUAGGAGCAGAACUCAAGCUGGAAGACACGUUGUGGGAAGGCUUGACAGAUACUCAUGUGAAAAUACCCAUGGCAGUUACAGCUGAAAAUCUGGCUGCAAAAUACAACAUCACCAGGGAGGAGUGUGACAAAUACGCCUACAAAACACAACAGAGGUGCAAGGCAGCUCAGGAUGCAGGUUACUUCAACACUGAGAUGGCCCCAAUUGAAGUGAAAACAAGAAAGGGGAAAGAAACCAUGAAUAGGGAUGAGCACCCCAAACCCCAGACCACACUGGAACAACUGGGAAAGCUCCCAAGUAUCUUUAAAAAGAAUGGAACAGUGACUGCUGGGAAUGCUUCAGGGGUGUGUGAUGGGGCUGGUGCAGUCAUCAUUGCCAGUGAAUCAGCUCUUAAAAAGCACAACCUCACUCCUCUGGCCAGGGUAGUAGCCUUCCACUCAUCUGGCUGUGACCCUUCCAUAAUGGGCAUUGGCCCAGUGGCUGCAAUCACCGAGGUUCUGAAGAAAGCAGGACUAACCCUGAAGGACAUGGAUUUGGUGGAGGUGAAUGAGGCCUUUGCACCUCAGUAUCUCGCCGUGGAAAAAGUUUUGGGCCUUGACCCAGAAAAAACCAACAUCAACGGCGGGGCCAUCGCUGUGGGUCACCCUUUGGGUGCAUCAGGAUCACGGAUCACAGCUCACCUGGUCCAUGAAUUAAGGCGGCGCGGCGGGAAGUACGCGGUUGGGUCAGCUUGCAUUGGUGGUGGCCAGGGGAUUGCUCUGAUCAUUGAGAACACAGCCUGAGAGGUUCUGGAGACCUGUCCUGCUGCCCAGCUCACCAGUUCCCUGAGCAAACUUCUGCCUUUUGUGACAAUAAAGCAUCACUACGUUUUGUGCCAUUCCUGCAAGGUAAAAGAAUAGCUGAGAAGUCUUGAAUGAUGAACACACACACACAAAAAAAUAACUCCCAGUGUCUUUCUAAGGAAAGGACGUGGAACAAGCUGUGCAAUUUCACACUGAUGAAGUGUUUUCUAAAAGCCUCUUUGCAAUCAAGGUUAAUGUCUUUCUGGAGGGAAAGCUUCUCUUCGUUUCCUGAGCCAGUUGCCUGUCAAACUUUCACCAAACCUGCCUUAAAAAUAGCAGUCAGUGGAGCUUUUUAAGCAAGUAUUGCUUAAAUUCUUCUUCUUUCAUCUGCUGCUGUCUGGCACAUGUGCCUCUUUUCUCAUCAGGAAAUGUAAAAAAUUAAUUGGAGAUCUUCUGAAGUUUGUACUGAUUGAUGGCUCUAACCUGUACCCUGCACUUUUGCAAGGGAAAAGCAAACCCAGCAAAAGCUGAAAUUGCCACUGUGCCUCCCCAAAGAACAAUAAAUGUAACAGAAAAGAGAAAACAAC